CGCGGGGAGCGCGGUUGCCAUGGAAACUGCAGACAUGGCGGCCCCGGCCCCGGUGGGCAGCGUCUCUCAGCGUUUGGAACGGGCGCUUUCAACUGAGUCGUCCAUCACCACCAGGACGCCAGGGCACGUCGUGUCUCCCGUGUCCCUCGAUCUGCGCGUCUCGCCGGGACAGGUUGCGGAGCUGCCCGGCAAGAACCUGUGGGAGCAGAUCUGCGAGGAGUAUGAAGCUGAGCUGCCUCCCUUUCCAGAAGGAUAUAAAGUCAAACAAGAAGCUGCGGUUACUGCGUCGCCAUCGGUGGAAAGGGUUUUCUACGGCUUCAACACGGAACACCUUUACCCAGCUCCUCCUUUAGCUGUGGUCCCACAAGUAUCCUGUCCUCAAGCUAAACGGGAAACAAUCGACCCAGAAACAUGUUCCCCCAAAGAAUAUUUGGAAACAUUCAUCUUUCCAGUUCUGCUUCCCGGAAUGGCUAGACUGCUUCACCAAGCAAAGAAAGAAAAAUGUUUUGAGCUCCGGAUUGACCUUCCCACCUCGGGCCUCUCCCUACUCCACUUCAUGCCAAAUGCCACGAAUGUACUUGCUUCAGGAGAGGCCUGGCCCAUGAGGAAAAGAACCAAAUUCAUUGCCUGUGAUUUUCUGACCGAAUGGUUAUACAAUCAAAAUCCAAAGAGGAUAGGGGAGACAUUCACAGAAUUCUUCUCCAUUCCAUUUGUGGAAGAGUGGCUGAAACUGCACCCCCGGCCAGCGAUCCCACUCUCCCUCCUGCUGACAGAAUCGGCAGCAGCGCUCUGCAUUCAGUCCUUCUGGAGAGCCUAUCUGGUUCGCUGUGAUCCUGAGAUUCAAGAAUUACGUCAGUGGCAGAAGAAACUGCGUGAGGACAAGCACAUCCGCCAGCGAGUCAAAAUUUUCUGGGCCAAGCAAGAGCAGAAAGUAAAAUGCAAAAUGGAGGAUGGAGAAGAGGCUACAGCUAAGACUCCACAACCUUAACAGCUGUCGAUAUCUUUCCCCUCUUUGCUCCAAUUUCUCCACUUGAGGAAAAUGUUCAAGUUAUGCUUCCUCUAUUGUGCUUUCUUGAACAACUAGAUUUGGUGCAUUCGGAUAAGAAUCUUUUCGUUGCAAACAUGUUUUAGUGCAAAUAGUUUAUCAUAAGAAAGUAAUAGUUUUAACUUUCUGCAUUAUCCCCCAAUUUUAUUCUUUCAUCCGUAUAUUUCGUCAGUGCUUCAGGAGUAUUCUUCUACACCAACCACUGCUAAAAUGUACAGUGAACUCUGAUUCCAAGAGAUGUUGAAGUUUUCUCUAGUUACCGGUUUCCCAGUUUUGGCCACCUUUGCAAAGAUCCAUAUUUAAAAUAAAGUCCCAAACCUCUGCAGUGGGUUUUAAAUUUAUCUGGUGAGUACUCUUUUCAUAAAAAAGUCAUUAUUGCCUGUGAUCAUUUCCCAAGGAGACUGACCCUUAACUUUGACUGCAUCAAGAUAAGACACAAACCCAGACAACAAUAAAGAUAAAGAAUUUUUGUUGUCUAGGCCCUAAAGCAUUAUAGAAAUUCCUCAUUUUAUGGGUAAACUGACUUAUUACCCUCAAUUGUGCUGCAGUUUGCUGUUAACCAGGAUUCUCCCAUUCAAAAUGCCACAGACUUAGCCUCCAGGCGGAUCUGAAAGCCAAGUAGUUGUAUUGGGUUGUUUUGACAAGCUACCACACGUCUUAAGUAAAUAGUAAAGCCUUUAUUUUUUGUGUUAAGAACAGCAUUUUGAAAAUAAAACCUAUUUGCCCAUGCUUUACAA